AAAUUGGCAACAAUUCAUCAACAUCGUCACGUCAAUCAACUAUCUGCCAUCUUGUCCCCAACGCUGAGAACACCGUGUGUUUUGUGAUUUAAAAUGGCACUUGACAAAGAUUAUUAUUUGUACGGCCUCAGGAGAGAUUCUUUGAUGGAUUCUGAAGAUGAUUCUGCUUUGAUUUCUAGAGCCAGAGAUGUUAUAAGCAGAGCAUCAGGUCAAAUUCCUGCAGUUCCAGGGACAAUUGAUCAGCAGUCACUCCUCACAGCAGCAGGGGCAUGGGGAGUAGAGAAUGCAAUAUAUGCCUCAGCAGCUGCAGCAGAAGCUAGCAUGAUAGAGAGAAGAGACCCUGGAAUUUACAAUGAAGUUCCAGGUGACUACAGUGAGGACAAGAAAGGUCGGAAAAGGGAUAGACGAAGAGAUAGAAGGAGAGAUCGAGAUGAGCGAAAGCCACCAGCGGAUAGGCCAUGUAGAACCAUCCUCAUCAAGCAUCUACCUGCUGAAGUUGAUGAGAUAUAUUUGCGAGGGAUACUUCAACUUUUUGGUGCCCCAAUCCAAGACGUUAGACUGGUCAAGCACAAAGAUUCAGGUGCAUCAAGAGGCUUCGCUUUUGUGGAGUUCCAAUUCCUUCCGGAUGCCCAGCGAUGGAUGGAGGAAAACCAGGGUACUUUGGUGAUAGGAAGUGGACGUGCUUCACUCACAUACAGCAAGAGCAGAGGGGAUGAAGACUGGUUCUGCUCACAGUGUGGUACCCAAAAUUUCAAGAGGAGAGCAAACUGCUUCAAGUGUGGAAUAGAGAAGAAUGAGUCAGAGCGAUACAGCCAAAUCAGUGCAAAACCUACAAGAAUUUUACUGUUGAUGGGUUUGGAUUCCUUGACGACUGAAGAAAAGAUCCAAAGAGAACUCCAUGACAUCACAGCUAUAGAUAUGAAUGUUCAACUCAUACGUGAUCCUACAACCAACACAUCAAGAGGUCUCUGCUAUGUUGCUUUAUCAGCAGUAGAAUACUCCAGUCACUUACUAGAGAUUCUCAACAAUAUGCAUCCACCCUUUAUAUUAGAUGGCAAACAGAUUUCAGUACACUUCUGCAAAGAAGGGACAGAUGAAGAAUACUCUACAUGGACUGAGGCUGAAGCAGGAGCAUCAUAUGAACAGUACUACCAGCAGCAAGCAACAGAGGCUGCAGCAGCAGGAGUAUAUGAUCAAAGUUAUGCAAGUUAUGCAGCAAUAUCAGCUGCUCAUUCUUCCAAAGAAUUAUCAGCUGCAGACAAAGCAGCACUAGCACAGGAGCAGGUUCAAGCAGCUUGUAAGAUGCAACUAGAACAACAACAGAUCACCCAGAAACUGCUGAACAAGAUGAGACAGACAAGCACAGAGAAGAAACCAAAGAGGGUGAAGAUAGAUCUUCCACCACCAGGAACAGAUGGAAGUACACUGGAUCCCAGUCAGAUCACCCAUGAAGUCAAACCUAAGAAGAGUAAGAAGGAGCAUCAAAUAGACACAGAGACCAGUGAUCAAAGAUUACAGCACCAGUUGUCCAGUAGUUCUGAAGGUGGCUAUUAUCCUGAUGUAUCUCAAUACCAAUAUGAUGAAUCAUCAGGCUUCUACUAUGAUCCCCAGACAGGGCUAUACUAUGAUCCAAGCUCACAGUAUUACUACAACGCGCAUUCACAGCAGUACAUGUACUGGGAUGGUACCCAGUAUGUCCCAGCCAAGCAAGACCAAGCACCUACUGCUGUUCCUCAAGUCGGUGUUCCUGGGGAUGGUGCAAAGGAAGACAAGGGUAAAAAGGAGAAGGGAAAGGUGGCAAAGAAGGUGGCAAGUGACAUGAGAAGAUGGGCUGCAACCAUGAAUGAAAUGAAGAAUAACAAAGCCAAGAAGAGUGGAAAUGAUUUCAAGAAAGAUAACUCCUCAGCUUCUGCAGAUGCUGGUUUUGCUGUCCUUAGUAAAAAGGCUGACCCAGCAGAGACAAAGCAGUCUGUAAUGCUAGCCCUAAAGCGAUCGUCAACAAAUGAAGAGCAACGUAAUAAGGCUGCCAGCAUCACCAACAUCCUUGCCCAGUAUGGUGGAGACAGUGACAGUGAACCUGAAGAUUCAGGGCCUCCUAGUAAGAAACCUACCCCUGCAUCUGACUCUCAAGAGAGUGUACCUACCAGCCUAACGGAUUGGACUAAACUCAUCUGUCUUCUCUGUAAACGUCAGUUCCCAUCCAAAGAAGUCCUUGUGAAGCAUCAACAGUUCUCAGAUCUACAUAAACAAAACCUGGAGGCUCUUAAAAAGAGGACAGGACUUCAACAGCAACAGUCACAAGGGAAAGGGGGGGGCAGUUAUCGUGAUAGAGCUCAGGAGAGGAGAUCAAGGUUUACUGCUAAUCAAUGAUGAUCCCAAGGAUAACCAUUAUGCAAUUAUGCCUGGACAAAACACACUCAUUGAACACUUUCAGACAUUGCUUUUGUUGUUUUAUGUUGAAAAGGAAAAUCUGUGUAUGUCUUUGUAUGUCCAUGUUAUGGCAUCGUGCUUCCGUGUUUCAAGCAUUUGUAGAAAAGAUGACAAUGGUAUACCAACUAUUGGUAUACCAAGACCUACACAUUGGACUUCUAAUGGACAAUCAUCAAUAAGUUGUGCUAUCGUUGAUGCAAUUCCAGUCCAAAGUUGAUGUUACAGAAGGCAGCUAUUAUUCUUUAGGGAUUUUAUUUAAUGUUUCCUAGGUAAUUGGUAAUAUACCAGCUUGGCGUUAACCAGCAAAAUGCUGUCCUGCUUAGUUCCUAUGGGAGUUACCAUAAACAGAAACCCAGAUUUGUUGAGACUGACUUCAACAUGAUCAUCAUUUUGAUUGGAUUCAAUCUGCAUACAACGUAUAAGCAGAUUGGACAAUUAUGAUGAAUUUGAAUCUGAACCUGAUAUGUGGGCUUGUCCUAAAUAUUUUUUUUUCAUAUCAUAAUCGUGAUACUUCUAACAUAUAACUUCCAAAGAAAUGAUGGACAACAUAGAAUGCCUUGUCUGAGUCAGGUAAUGAAGGUAAUCAUGUCCUUUAUGGUAUUUUGCUUUUCCAACCAAGAUUUAAAAUUAUAUACUUCAUCAAUUGUAUGUAAUCCUCAUUGAGUCUAUACCAAGUACUUGUUUCACAAAACUUUGUCAUUACUAGUAAAAAUUUGAAUUAUAUAAUUAUACUUAGCGCAUUAUUCGCCAUUGUAUUUGAUACAGUUUUGUGAAAUAAGGCUCAUGGAUAUAUAUCAUGAGGUGAGGUAGUUAUCCACUAAUUCAGUCUGCUAUUAAAAAGAAGAUGGAAUUAUGUCCACUCAGUUUUAUGGUUGACAGUAUAAAAUGAAUAUGAAAUAUGGACAAUCGUAGCCUCUCUUUGAUACAACAUUUACUGAUAUUAUGUAUAAUUCAAUAUUCCAUAACCUUCACUUAUUGGAGAAAAACCCUGCAAAAUACUUGUAAAUAGACAAAACAAACCCUUAAUUUAAUGUGGUAGAAUGCCUAUGACCAAGGCAGUUUUUAUAUUUAAGCUGCAUUCACUGUUUGUUCAUAAAAGGCAGUGUUUCAAUGGCAGCCUCAUAAGUUUGUGCCAUGCUUAAUGUUAACUGCACAGAUAAGCAUAUCUAAGUACUUAUUAUCUUUUUUGUGUUUGGGUGCAGGUACAUCCAUUAUUUUCUGGCAAAUUGGAAUGCAAGGCAUUGUGAGAAAUCAAAACUUAAAAAGUUAUAAAAUCCUAAAUCAGGUAUUUAGAAUUUAUAAUCCCACCUGUAAAUGCUCAACCCUUUGGUGUCGAAGUCACUCAAAAAUUUAGAUAGAUUUUGAUCCUGUAUAUUUUGAUAUCUUAUUUAUGUGUUUAGUUUUUGCCCACUUAUUUUACGUGUUACAGCUUGUAUGAGGAAGUAAAUGUGAAACGACCACUGCCAGAAAUAAGCUGUGCAUGCCUAAUGAAGCGUUUUCUUCCAAAUAUGGCUAAAGAAACCAGAUUCUUACAUCAUUACAGGGCAGGUCAGUUCAGAUUAAACAGAAUUAUAAAUUCUCAACCUAUGUUUUCCUUGCUACAGUAGAGUCUGCAUAAGUUGCACUUUUAUAAAAUCAUAAGAGUCACACAAUGUUCAGGCCAGAAUAUGCAAAAUGUGUUAUUUACAUCUUCCAAGUCAAACAGAUUUCUGUGGUCCCAAGCAUUUUAUCAACUCGUGAAGAUUCUACUUUUAUUGUACUUUCACCUAUGUCAUCUGACAAGUUGAAUUUUCAAGUCUUCAUUCAUUCAUGAUAAUAUUCAAGUAUACCAGGAUUUGAGAAAGUGGCUGAUUUGUUUGACUGGCAAAUUACUAUCUAUAGUCAUUGUGAUUUGCCAGUCCAACUGAAGAGGAAUAAUUUCUGCAAAUUUUCCUUUCAAAAGAAAUGCCUGGUAUGAUUGUUAUGUACCUGUCUUGGGAUAUUGGAAAUGAAGAUCAAGUUCAAAAGAUUUUGUUAUUGUAACGUAUGCGCUUAGCUACGUUUCUGAUUAUCGUGUUCAUAGUCUCUCCCUGCAUUGUUAAAUUAACCAGCAGGCCUGUUUGAUGCACAUAUGAAAUAUUUAAUCAUUGACAUUGAGAGUAUAAUUGCUAUGUUGAUGCAAUCAUCUUGUUUGUAAUAAAUCAUUCCUAUUGAAUUGCA